CCUUCCUUCGGUUGCACAUGUUUCCUGGCCCCCCCUGCGUCAACGCGGGGAAAGACGGCGGUCUCUGCCUUGAUUCACGGUCAAUCACCCGAGGACGGAUCUUCCACCCCCCUCCCUCAUCCAACCAAUGGCCCGGCUUCCUUCUCGUCUUCGUCUUCACAUGGAAGAAGCUAACCGCUGUAUUCUCGCCAUGUAGAUGACUCGCAUUAUCUGGCAAGAGAUCAGGGAGAAGAUGAUCCUGCCUUACCUGGACAUUGACCUCAAGUACUACGAUCUCGGUCUGGAGUACCGUGAUGAGACCAACGAUCAGGUCACCAUCGACUCUGCCGAGGCCAUCAAGAAGUAUGGCGUCGGUGUCAAGUGCGCCACCAUCACUCCCGAUGAGGCUCGUGUUGAGGAGUUCAAGCUGAAGAAGAUGUGGCUCUCCCCCAACGGUACCAUCCGUAACAUCCUUGGUGGCACCGUUUUCCGUGAGCCCAUCAUCAUCCCCGCCAUCCCCCGUCUGGUGCCCGGCUGGAACAAGCCCAUCAUCAUCGGCCGUCACGCCUUUGGUGACCAGUACCGUGCCGCCGACCGUGUCAUCCCCGGUGCCGGCAAGCUCGAGCUCGUCUACACCCCCAAGGAUGGCAAGCCCGAGACCGUCGAGGUCUACGACUACCAGGGUGGCGGUGUUGCCAUGACCAUGUACAACACCGACGACUCCAUCCGUGGCUUCGCCCACGCCAGCUUCAAGAUGGCUCUGCUCAAGGGCCUGCCUCUGUACAUGAGCACCAAGAACACCAUCCUCAAGCGCUACGAUGGUCGCUUCAAGGACAUCUUCCAGGAGAUCUUCGAGUCCACCUACCAGAAGGACUUUGACGCCAAGGGCAUCUGGUACGAGCACCGUCUGAUCGACGACAUGGUCGCCCAGAUGGUCAAGAGCGAGGGUGGCUUCAUCAUGGCCCUGAAGAACUACGACGGUGACGUCCAGUCCGAUGUCGUCGCCCAGGGCUUCGGCUCCCUGGGUCUCAUGACCUCCACCCUGACCACCCCCGACGGACAGGCCUUCGAGUCCGAGGCCGCCCACGGUACCGUGACCCGUCACUACCGCGAGCACCAGAAGGGCCGCGAGACCUCCACCAACCCCAUCGCCUCCAUCUUCGCCUGGACUCGCGGUCUGGUGCAGCGUGGCCAGCUCGACGGCACCCCCGAAGUCGUCACCUUCGCCGAGGAGCUCGAGCGCGCCUGUAUCGACGUGGUCAACGAGGAGGGCAUCAUGACCAAGGAUCUGGCCCUCUGCCAGGGCAAGAAGGAGCGGGAGGCCUGGGUGACCACCCGCGAGUACAUGGAGGCCGUCGAGCGCCGUCUCAAGGCCAACCUCAAGUCCCGCCUCUAGAUAUCCCAUUUUGAAUUUUGACCGUUUCCUUUUUUGUUCUUUUUGAAAUACCAAUCGUUGCAUGAUUGUUUCGGAGUCAACGGGGUCGCAUGAGACUACCCUCUUGUACAUUGGUUGCAUGCCUGGGUGUUGAAUCGGUGCUCAUGUUUCCCGCGGGCUCCAAUGUGCCAUGAACCUGUGAUUUGCUAUAGAGUAAUUGGAUUUUUUUGCUUGGC